UACAGGACACUCUGGACCACAGACCGCAUCGAAUGCUAUACGAAGUACUUUAUUGGGUUUAAGGAAACAUUAUCUUGGACGGCCUGUACCAGGCAGCUUCCCUAUUGUUGCGCAAAGCAGAGUAUUCCGCUGUAACGCUGUAUAGUUCGUCUAUAAUCAACGGAGAAUGCGUUUAACCUAUCUUAUAUUGGACCCGGUUUCCCUCGAAGUGUUUUAACCGGCCGGCGAACAGCUCAGUCCAGCAUGGGUUGAUUGCCCAGAACAUGACCCCUAUCACCGACAGGAAUUGUUUAUCAUAUUAAACUUAAGCGCGCUCUAUUUAGCGACAUUGGUCAUUUCGUCGUCAUGGAAGCUCCACCAGAAGAGUACACGCUUGAAGUAUUAGCAGGAGCCAAGGAGCUAAAUGUCUCACUGGAGGAGCACCCCGAGGUGUUGGGAGUGGUGGAGGACCUGCUGCGGCCCGAGUCCCUCCCGCCCGGCUGGCAGGCGAACUUUGAUCCGGACAAGGGACGCAGGGAGUACACCAACCCUGCCACGGGUGCCGUACAGUACGAGCACCCGCUGUCGGUGUACUACCGCGGUUGCGCCUUCAUGGAGGCGGGCGGGUACGAGCGGCUGGAGCGGGCGGAGGCGGAGCAGCCGCCCACUCCGGGGGAGGUUCUCGACAUGUGCGCCUACCUGGGUGUGGACCGUUCCUCGGACGACCCCUACGUGAUGGAUGUGGGCCGGCUGGCCAUCAGCGCGCCCGUGCCCUCGCACUGGCAGCAGGAGGAGGACGAGGAGGGCAACCCGGUGUUUAUCAACACCGACACGGGCGAGUCGCAGUCCUCCCACCCGCUGGACCCCUACUUCCUGGAGCUCAUCAGCCGCAGGAGGCAGGAGCUGCAGAUCCGAGCGGACGGUGUGGGUAUCCGCUCCGCCCUCGCCGCCCGCCGCCUGGCGCGCAUAGGCGUGCCGGGUAUUACUGUCCCCCCCGAGCUGCAGGAGGGGGAGGAGGGGGCGGCGGCCAGCGGGUUCAGCCCGGUGGCGGGGUUCUCCAAGCUGCCCUCACGGAAGAGCUUCAAGCGGCGGGAGGGGGCGGCGGAGGGGGGAGGCGCGGAUGAUGCGGCGUCGGUGGCGAGCGGCGGGUUGGGGCAGUUGGUGACGAUCGAGGAGGGGGAGGACGAGGGCCGGGACGAGGGGGACGAGGCUGCCCGACAGCAACAGCAGGAGGCAGCGGAGGCGGCGGAGGAGGAGGGAGUGGAAGGAGCAGCAGCAGCAGCGGGGAAGGAGGAGGAGGGCGGCAGGGGGGCAGGUGGGGUGCCCGGCCUCUCCUCGGCGGUACUGGUGACCUCGAGUGUGGAGAGCCGCAUCAGCGAGGGGGCGCAGCAGCUGCCUCGGCCCCCCUCGGCACUGGUACUGCCGGAGGAGGAGGUGGGGCGGGAGGAGGAGCUGCAGGAGGAGACAGCGGCAGCGGCGGCAGCGAAUGAGGAGGAGGAGGAGGAGCGGGAGGAGUACGAGGAAGAUUUCGAAACGUACACCACUGAGUUCCCCACUGACCCCAACAGUCGCGCCGCCAGUCGUACGGCGAGCCGAGUCGUCGCGCGGUCGGCGAGUGGCGUCGGCGCCAAUGACGGCGCCGGCGAGCGACGGCGACCGCAGCCCACUGACCGCGGCGAGAAUAACGUCGACGACGACGAGGCUGUCGACGACGAAGACGAAUCGUCGGCGGCGGCUGCCGCAUUGAGUUCCGUUCUUCCGUCCACUAGCAACGGAGAGCGAGGGCGAGUCGGCAGUGCAGCGGCGGCGCAGAUGCUCCGAGUGACGAGCGCCCAGUCGGCGCAGACCCGUGGGUCGUCAACCCGUCAGAUCCCCAUUGAGGCGGAGGAAGCGGAAGAAGAGGAGGAAGACACGACAUUGGACGAUGCAUCGGCGGCGGCCGCCACCGCCGCCGUUGCGGCUGCUGCUGCUGCAGCAGCGGCAGCAGCAGCGAAAGCUGCAGCGUCAAGAGGCUCCUCGAAAGGGCGAGGAGGAGGAGGAACAGCAGCAGCAACAGCGGGAGCAGCGACAGCAGCAGCAGCGGAGACCUGGUCUGCCCCCCGGGUGCUGCGGAGGGUGCGGUCCUGCGGGGAGCUCGAAACCGGGCAACUCAAGAAGCGAAUGGCGGAAGCGGAUGCGUUGGGGGCUGCGGUGACGGCGGGAGGGGCGGGUGUGGCCGAGUGGGUCGCUGCCUCCACGGGGGCAAUGGGUGGGGGCGGGGCGGCGAGCCUGGCGACCACCGCUGGUACGGCACGUCUGCCGGAGAGGGAGCGGAUCCGAGUGGCUCUGCGGGCGAGGCCGCUGGCUCGGAGGGGCGAGUCGUUCGCGUGGGUGGUGGACUCGGCCAAUCGCACCGUCCGGUUGCGCGAGGGAGUGUCCACGCGCAACUCGGGUGCCGACCGCGUCUUCUCCUUCGACCUGGUGUUGGGGCCGGGUGCCUCCACUCGGCAGCUGUGGGGGGCGCAUGUGGCGGGGCUGCUGGAGGCGGCGGCAGGCGGGGUGAACGCCACGGUGUUUGCGUACGGACAAACGGGCAGCGGCAAAACCUACACCAUGUUUGGCGGCAGCGGGCUGCAGGAGGGGGUGAUCGGGCUGUCGCUGGCCUUCCUGCUCCGCACGCUGCAGGCCCAGAGGGAGCUCAAGGGGGGGGCGCUGCAGCACGGAGUCAAGCUCUCCAUGCUAGAGCUCUACAACGAGCAGCUCCGAGACCUGCUGGCGCCCCCCGGCCCCCUGGACCGACUGGGUCGCCCCUCCGCAGUGCCCCUCGCCAUCCAGGACGACCCGCGGGUCGGCGUGCGGGUCAGCGGCCUGCUGGAGCAGCAGGUGGGGGACACCGCCUCCGCCAUGGCGCUGGUGGCGGCGGGGGCGGCGGCGCGGGCGGUGGGCAGCACUGCGAUGAAUGCGGUUAGCAGCCGCAGUCACACCAUUGUACGACUGACGCUGGAGACGAGGGAGGCCUCCAGCCAGCAGCUGCUGCACAGCUCUCAGGUGUCGUUCGUGGACCUAGCAGGCAGCGAGCGGCUCACCAAGACGGGCGGCAUCGCGGGGGGAGCUCGGUUCGUGGAGGGCACCAACAUCAACAUCUCGCUGCUCAUGCUGGGGACGGUGGUGGCGCGGCUGGCGGAGGGGCGGCGGGGUGUGUUUGUGCCGUACCGCAACUCCAAGCUGACUCGGCUGCUGCAGCCUUGUCUGGGCGGGAAUGCGAGGACGGCCAUCAUUGCGGCGAUCAAUCCCUCGGGCGAGCACCUGGAGGAGACCUUCAACACGCUCCUGUUCGCCACCCGAGCCAUGGCGGUCACCAACCAGGUGUCGGUCAACACAUACGUGCGGGCCUCGGGGGCGGUGGGCGGCGCGCUGAGCGGGGCGGCGGCGGCGGCGCUGCAGCAGCAGCUGGCGGAACUGCGAGCGGAGCUGGCGGCGGCGAGGAGGGAGGGCGGGGGAGGAGGGACGCUGGGGGGUGCGGGUGGUGGUGGUGGCAUGGGGCCUGGUGCUGCUUGGACCCCCGCCCGAGGGGGAGGAGGGGGAGGAGGGGAUGGGGGUGUUGGUGUUGAGUCGGGCGUGUUGGCUGACCGGCUGGCGAGGCUGGAGGUGGAUAAGGCGAGGCUGCUGGACAGGCUAGAGGCCCUCACCGGUGUGCCCCAAGGCGACAUCUACGACGACACUCCGCCCACCCCGCCCGACCUGCAGCUCCCCCCCGCCCGCCCGCUGGGACGAGCCGGCAACGGCAACGGUAACGGUAACGGCGGUCGAGGCGGCUCGCUGCCCACCGCUGUCGCCGCGCUCCGCAGCAUCGCUCGCAUGGUGUUCAUGGGGAAGGGCGCGGGGGCGAACGGGCGGCUGCUGCCGAGGCAGGUGGAGAGCAUUCCGGCGGAGGCUGUCGUUGCGGGUGUCCGCGAGAUGCGGUCGGAGCGGGACGAGCUGCGGCGGCGCGACGCGGCUCUGCGGGCGGGGCAGGAGGCGCUGCGGGAGCGGGUGGAGCAGUUGGAGCCGCUAGGGGGGCUGGGGCAGGCGGUGCAGCAAGCGAUCGAGGUGCUGGAGAGUGCCGUGGGUCUCUCCCCGGCUGCCGACCCCUCGGCGCCCUUCAGAGGGGCGGCUGCAGCCACUGCAAACAUGACGGCAAGGCUGGCGGAGGACGUGUCCGCUGUGUUGCUGCUGCGUAACGAGCUGAGCAGCCUGCAGCGGCAGCUGGCAAGCAGUGAGGCGCUGGCGGCGGCUGCGGGUCGGCGGGCGGAGGCGGCGGAGGGGGUGCUGGCGCGGCUGGCGGCGGAGGGGGCGGCGGUGGAUGGGGGAGGGGCGGAGGAGGGGGGAGCGGGGAGGGAGGAGGAGAUACCCGACCUGAAGAAUCUGGUUGACGCGCUAGGCAACCAGCUGGAUGCCGUACGACAGGAGCUCGAGGUGUGUCGUACGGAGCUGUCCAAGUGGCGGGGGCUGGCGGAUGCGCCCCCGCCCCCUCAGGAUGUGGAGGGCGGUGAGGGGUGCGAGGAGGAGGAUGCGGACCUGUUCCUAGACGACCCCGAGGGCGGGGCGGGGGGCGGCUGCCGGGGACCCGACCCCGCGGAGUGGCAUCUGGGCAGCCACGCAAUUGCGCGGGCGCGGGAGGCGCGGGCAAAGGCUGCCGCCUUCGAGGCCCGCUUCCUGGAGAGCGAGGCGGCGAGGGAGGAGCUGAGGCAACGGCUGCAGGCCCUGGAGGCCGCUGCCGCCGCCUCGGGAGGCCGCUUCCUGCCGCCCGCUGCCGCACUGCUGGGGCCAGGAUCCGACGCCCUCACCGCCGCCGCCGUUGCCGCCGCCUCCUCCACCUCUGACGGACCCGUGGGUCGGCAGCGGUUCGAGCAGCUGAAGGCGCACGUGGCCUCCCUGGCUCGCGAGGUGGCGGCCCUGACCCGGGAGCGGGACGGACUGCUGGGGCUGGUGCUGAGGAUGCAGGGUCCCGGCGGGCUAGCCUCCCCCGACCUGCCGGCUGGCUACCCCGGGGGGCUGGGGGGCCUGGCUGGGGGCUUCAACGGGGGCGGGCUGGGUGGCCUGGGUGGCUUCAACGGCGGUCUGGCCAUGCUGAACAACCUGCUGGCUCCCGGGGGGCUGGGCGGCACUCCGGGCUUCGCGGCGGUGCCCUCGGCUGGGGACUUCGAACAGUACGGACGCAAGCUGAAGCCGCUGAAGGGCCGCCCCGCCCCGCACCGCCCACCCCACCCCUCCUCCGACCCCGACCGCCCGGACUUCAACGCACGCGAUGUCCCGCUGGAGACCAAACACCGCCUGGCUCGCCUGCAGGACCGAGCGGCUCGCCUUGACGCCGCAGCCCACCAGCAGCAACAGCAACAGCAGCAGCAACAGUUCUUUCAGCAGCAGCAGCAGUUCCUGCAGCAGCUGCAGCAGCAGCAGCAGGGGCUGGGGCUGGGGAUGGGUAUGAUGGCUGCUAUGGCCGCAGCAGGACUGGCGGGAGGAGGAGGGGGAGUGGGGGGCGGAGGAGGAGGAGGUCUCAUUCUGCCAGAGCCGGUGUUGAACGGGGCUCGUGACACGGAGGUGUAUGCGCUGAAGCGGAAGUUGGUUGCGGCGGAGAAGGCUCGAACCGAGGUGUAUACCAAGUGGCAGGCGGAGGCGAGGAACAUGCAGAUGGCGCUCAUCGCGGCCAACCGCUCCCUGAAGGAGCAGGCCAAGACGCAUGCGGCGGAGAUGCGGCAACUGGAGGUGCUGCACGAGGAGAACCUGAACGCGGUCCGCAACCAGGCAGCCGGCGCCAUCAAGGCCCUUAUGGACGAGAACACGCGACUGCGCCUCAUGCUGGCGGCCGCGGGGCAGCUGGGCAGCGCAGGCAGUGCCGCCACCGCAGCAACAAGUGCGGCGGC